AUGACAUCGUUUACUACUACACCAGAAGUAUACGAUAAUCAACAGAGUACUACCAAUAGUAAUACCAAUAGUAAUAAUAACGAUUCAUCAAUAGUUGAUUUAUUUUAUUCAGCAAAGAAAUUAUUAAAAUUUCAACCAAGAAUUGAUAAUAGAUUUAUAAGACAACAACAAGGACAACAACAGAGUCAACAACAGCUGGUACAACAGAUACAGAUGAAUUCACCAGUUAAUAAUAUUAUAUUACAUGAUAAUGUAUUAGAUUUAUUAUCACCAUUAUCAAUAGAAGAUUUAAAGAAUAAUAACAAUCACAUGAUUAACUCAAUAAACAACAUUCCAUCAUCAUCAUCCAAUACAACUACAAGACCAAUUAAACCAAUAACAACAACUUCAACUGCUUCUUCUAAUUUCAAAAUAACAACACCAAAUUCUGAAAAUUCAUCACCGGGUAAUUCCAAUACAUUCAUUAAACAAGAACCUUAUAUCAAACAGAAAUCAAAUUUAACUUCUUCAUUAAGUAGAUUGAAUGAGAAUAAUACAACAAGUCAACAGCAACAAGUACCGCAACAACCACAGUCAAAUACUACAAGCACUGCUCCCACUCCAUCGACAACUACCACAUCAACACCAGGAUCUACUGCUUCUACUCCUAGCGGAGUAGCGGCAGCUCAGAAACCAACUGAAUGUUUCAAUUGUAAAACUUUGAAAACACCCCUUUGGAGAAAAGAUGCAGAAGGAAAUACAUUAUGUAAUGCUUGUGGAUUAUUUCUUAAAUUACAUGGAACUACUCGACCACUUUCAUUAAAAACAGAUGUAAUUAAAAAGAGAGCUUCCAGGAAAUCAACUACAACCACCAAAUUAUCCACGUCACAACCAAUUAAUGGGAAUCAAUUCAUAUCAACAUUCACAAACAAAACUGAUUUCAAUAAAUUAAAACCAGUUGCACCUGGUCCUGUUCCUUCUUCAUCUUUACCAACUACAAAUACAAAUUAUAGUUCUCCUUCUGGAUCAGUAUCAGGUUCGGCGGCUCAACGAUAUAAGAAUAUAUUGAUAUUACCAAAACCUACAAGUGGAACCAAUAUCGCGAAAUCAAUACCGAUACCUAGCCAAUCUUCACCACAACCAUUUUCACCUUCUUCUCCAUAUACAAUAAAUACCAAUCAACCAUUCAAAAGAAAGAAAUCAGAAGUUAAUAUGGUAGCCGGCAUGGGAGGAGGAGAGGAUGGUUCUGGUAUGAGUAUGAAUAUGCCAUCAUUUACCAAUCGGAAUAGAAUCCUGAGUUCAACUUCAUUAACUAAUAAUUCAACCAUUCUUUCAAGUUCACAAAAACGGAAUUCAUUCACUUCUUUAUCUUUCCAAUCAAAUUCAUUGAAUAGAAGAACUUCAUUAUCAAGAAAACAAAUGAAUAAUAACAACACUAGUAAUACCCCAACAAGUUCAUUAACUUCUACAAAUAUAAAUAUCUUAAAUCAAAGGUUUCCCCAAGCGGUAUAUUUCGAUACAUUACCACCACCCCAACAAUCACAAUCCCAACAACCACCGCAACCCCAACAACCACUACUUCAUCAUCAACAACUGCAACUGCAACUCUCACAACAAUUCACCCCAUCCAUGUCGAGAAAUAACAGCGCCACCACCCUCAUGAACAACCCCAACUCCGCGGGAGCAAUCAUGGAAUCAGCCACCAAUACAACCGGCGGCACUCCCGGUUCAAAUACCUCAUCACCUUCAUUUAUGUUAUAUCAAGGCGGAGUCGAUUCUCCCGCCUCGGUGCCCGCUACUCCAUUGAAUGUGAAUGAUUUAUUACCUUCAUCAGGCAUGAAGAACACCACCACCCCAUCAUCAUCCAACCGAUCAUUAUUCACCCCAUCCCAUUCCCUGGCUUCACUAUUCCAAUCCCAACAACCACAACCACAACAAUAUCAUUCCCUCCAACAACAACAACAAAUGUCGGAUUAUUAUGUCAACAAUAUCGAAGGCGGCAUCCAAUAUCAUCAUCAUAAACUGCAACCAAGACACCAGCAGAGCGUUAUAUUGGAACAAUAUCGGGCUAGUAAACCGCCAAUGGUGGUUCAUGAGGGUAUACAGGAUGAAAUGAUCAUGAUGGAUCCUAUGGCCAUGAUAGAUGAGGGUGGGGGAGAUGUGGAUAUGGGUGGAAACGGGGUUGAGAAGAAUAAUAUGACGAUGGGUGGGAUUGAUUUUGAUGAUUUUUUUAAGAUUGCUGAGAAUGGUGGUGAUGGUGGGAUUGGGGGAAUGGGGGAUGGAGAGGGAUUUGAUAAAGUGACUGGAGAGAUUAAUUUGCUGAUCUUGAAUGGGAAUGUGAAUGGUGGUGUGAGUGGAGGAGGAGUAGGACGUGUUGUUGGUGGUGGACAUGUGAGUGGAAGUGGAGGUGGUGGCAAUGGUGGGGAAUAUAAGGAUUUAGAUUGGUUAAAGUUUGAGAUAUAG